GGGGGAAUGCUGAGCGCGCGCGAGAACAAUAAUAAGAUCGUGUUUGCGGUCGCUGCCCGAGGAGGAAUUCGGAGGAGGCGCGAGGCCCGGAGCUCGCACGGAACCCAGAAGCUCGGCGGGGAGGCGGCGGCUGCAUGAGGCUGGCGACGCGGCUCCCGUGAGCAGCGCGCGGCGGUAGCAGCAGCAGCGGGACUCGGCGCGGCCGGACGCCGGCUCCCCUCCCCCGCAGCCGGGCGGGGAUCUGUCGGGCCUGCGGUGCCCCCCGCCCACCGCUCGCCGCUCUCCCUCGUCGGAACCGCCGCUCGAGCGCCCGGCUCGAGGCCCGCAGGGAGCGCGGCGCGGUCCGUCGUCCCGCGGAGGGGCGGCCUCCCGGCAUCUUCGCGGCGACCAAGGACCAGCGGCCAAGGGAACGACCGGGAUGGCGCGUCCGCGGCCCCGCGAGUACAAAGCGGGAGACCUGGUCUUCGCCAAGAUGAAGGGCUACCCGCACUGGCCCGCCCGGAUUGAUGAGCUCCCAGAGGGUGCUGUGAAGCCUCCAGCAAACAAGUACCCUAUCUUCUUUUUUGGUACCCAUGAAACUGCAUUUCUAGGUCCUAAAGACCUUUUCCCAUAUAAGGAAUACAAAGACAAGUUUGGAAAGUCAAACAAACGGAAAGGAUUUAAUGAAGGAUUAUGGGAAAUUGAAAAUAAUCCAGGAGUGAAAUUUACUGGGUACCAGACAAUUCAGCAACAGAGCUCUUCAGAAACUGAGGGAGAAGGUGGAAAUACUGCAGAUGCAAGCAGUGAGGAAGAAGGCGAUAGAGUAGAAGAUGGAAAAGGCAAAAGAAAGAAUGAAAAAGGAGGCUCAAAACGGAAAAAGUCCUACACGUCCAAGAAGUCUUCUAAACAAUCCCGGAAAUCUCCAGGAGAUGAAGAUGAUAAAGACUGCAAGGAAGAGGAGAACAGAAGCAGCUCUGAGGGUGGAGACGCUGGCAAUGACACGAGAAACACGACUUCAGACUUGCAGAAAGCCGGUGAAGGGACCUAACUACCGUAAUGAAUGCUGCAUAUUGAGAGAAACUACAAGAAGGUUAACUGUUUGAUUGUCUAAUACUUGGAUUUGAUAUGAACCAACAGUCUUUGUUGUCACUGACAGAGCCCCAGUAUGUGUGUGCAUCAGUCACAUUCCUCUCUGUUCUGUUGAAGGGAAAAGAGACAUUUUAACCUUUUUAAGGUUAUUGACUUAAUUUUAUGUUAUUUGAUUGCAUGAAGUUGCCCUUAACCACUAAGAAUGAUCAAGAUUUUGCAGACUUCUUCGUGUCUAGGCUCCUUUUCCAAGGCAGUCAUCAGCUUCCUGCCUCUACCCUACCAUCAUCAGCUAAAUAGUAAUUCGUAUUUUUAGAUGACUACUCAACAUAAUACUUCAGGAUGGGAUUUUCUUUAUAGCAGAACCCAAGAACCAACUCCUUGAUACAUACUGUUGGUAUAUUGGAGAUGAAAUUAGAGUCAUCUUUCAGUUUUAAGGCCAUGUGUAAAGUUUAACCAUGUUGUACAAUACCUAUUCUGUAUUAGAAAUAGCUAGUUGAAACUUAUACUUCUCAAAAUUCAUGUUCCUGUGUACACAAACUGAGUUUAUAUGUGAACUUAGUGAGUCUUUUUGUGUCAUACCAAAAUAAAACAAGAAUUUAUUUUUUUUUCCCAAAGCCAAUAUGAUUUGAGCUAAUCACUCAAGAUGGUCACUUUACACUCAAGCUGAAAUCAGCAGGAGCACUAUGGGAAAACAAAGCAUAGACUCUUGAAUAUAGACUUUUAAAAUAAACUUUUCUUUUAGAACUAGAAUUAGAGUAGUUAGCAUUCAUCUGCCAACCAUUGUUACGUGUACAUUACUGUCGCUAUUGUGAUAAUGGAGAGUCUUAUUUAUUUUUAUGCCAGCUUAUACUGUGAGAGAAUACAUUAGUUAUUUGGGUUUCAACAACCCUGCUAUGCUUGUCCUUGGAAGAUCUUUUGUGUAUGUUUGAGGUUUGUAGCUGAAAAGUUUACUGUAAAAAAAAAAAAAUCAAAAACAACAAAAAAAUGUAUUGUUUUUACAGAAUAAAUUUAUUGGAAUGUGUACUGGGAGUAAGGUUUGAGGUUGUAAACAACUGAGUUAGUGUUAUUUGGCUUCAUAUGUGUAAUGUGAAGUAUUAAUGUAAUUCCUGUAUUAUAGCAAAGACUGACAGCAAAAUGACAUUUGAAUUAUGUGCAGGUGAAAAUUUUAUUUUUUCUAUCAUUUUGUUUUUAAAUAUUCUGGGUGUUAGGUUAAUUGAAAACCCUGGGAGGGGCAGGAGGAGCAGCAGUAGGGUGUCUGCCGUCUGAGGGCACCAGCUCAGUGGACCUUGGUUUACACACAGCCUUCUGUGCCACCUGUUUGCUUUGGUGUUCUUACUUUGUUGAAGAGCUAAUGAACAUGAACAUGAAGAGAAAAUAGGAAGACUUAAAAGCCCAGUGUCAUUGUGAUGAUGAAGGUGACGUGGGGCUCUGAGGCUUGGAUGAACCAGUCUACUUACUGCCCUUCAGGCUUGUUCCUGUCCUUUAGCAAUCAGUGGUUCCCCUAUUGUACUCACACAGUUCCAAGUAUGGAAAAUCCAUUAAGAGGCAGGCUAUCAAGUCAGUUUUUUUUUUUUUCUUUAAAGGUACUUUUUAAUUUUAAAUAUUUUAAAAUAAUGAAAUUUUUCAAAAGAUCUCUUUAUUGUCACACAAAACAUAUGGAGAAUGUCAAUAACAUUUUAAAUUGGAACAUAUAACACAAAGUUUUUUGUUUGUUUGUUUGAGACAGGGUUUCUGUGUAACCCUGGUUGUCCUGGAACUCAUUCUGUAAACCAGGCUGGCCUUGAACUCAGAGAUUAGCCUGUCUCUGAAUCCCAAGUGCUAGGAUUAAAGGCCUGUACCAGCACUACCUGGCACAGAUUUCUUAAAUAAAAAGUUCAAAAUUUCUCAUGAAAAUUUAUAUAUAAAAUGAUUCAAAAUUAAUAAAGUUUAUCUUCAUAAACACCAAAAAAUAAUUUUAUUGAAGAUACACACAGAAACACAAGAGAAAUAUUAUCAGCCAGCCACCAAUAGAACAAGUGUUCAUUAAGGCAACUAAUAAAGUUGUUUUGUGUCAGCUACUUAAAUUCACAAUAGAGGUUUUGACAGCAGUUUUUAAAACAGCAAUAAAUAAUACGCUUUCCUUGUGAAAACACUUGAAUCAAUUAAAAAUAUUGUGAUGAUCUGGCAUUUAUAUUAAGAUUGUCAACAACUCAUACAUUUCAUAUGAAGCUAUUUCUCCAACCUGUAAUUGCUAUUGAAUUCUUUCCUAUGCAUAGUGAACAUGGUUAGUCACUUCUGAAUAGUUUCAUUUUUAUGCUUUUUGUAGGCACUAGAGUUGUCAUUUUCACACAUACUAUGUGCAAACAAUGUUAAGAUCAAUGGUCAUAUUCACAGACAAAUGUUGAUAUAUUCCCUUAAACAAGCUGUUUCUCAACUUUAAUUUUCCUUCAAAACUGAGAAUAUACCUGUGCUAUAGCAUCACUUCACUCACGUAUGCUGCAGAGCAAGAGAGUGUUCUUGUGAGUAUUCCUGUGUGGAAGGAGAGAAAGGAGAGCAGAGCGCCAGCUCCAUGAACAGGUCAGAGAGAACUGAGGUAUGUUUAUUCCAGCUUUUCAUCUGCCUUGGUUCUUAUGAAGAACUCAGGAUUGUAGGUACAGCGGUAGGCCAGGAGCUGAGGAAGAACUCCAUAUGCUAUGUUUAAUGCUAGAAAAAAGAUUUUCGCUUCUUCGGGGACUCUGUAGACGUAUGCAGUUCUAGCAUGAAGGGACGCACCAAUGUGAGAAAACUGAGCCUGUUCAUAUUAAAAGAAAACAAACGAGAGUAAGGAUGAGAGCUGUUCACUUGGAUCAGUGUCUCAUUCAGACCAGGUGCCCUCAAAGCCUGUCUUAAAGGCAAAAUACCUUUAGAUAAUCCAGUCUCAAUAUAUAGUCUUUCACUAAAUUUAAGGUUGUUCUUGAUAUAACUAUUCAAAUGAUGUAUCCAUUUUAAAGUGUGAUUUUAUCAUUCCAGUUGUGUGGUUUUAACCUAUCCAGUGCUGAAUACCAAACAGUACUGGCUCAAUUCAACAACAACAAUAACAACAAAAAUGAAAAAAAUCUCCCCCUUUUUUUCUAAUUUGAAUUUUAGGAACACCAUGUAGAGAGUGAUCAGGGUCUUACAAACUGGGUUUCAGUUACAAAUGAAGUUGUUUUAACCUUUACGAUGUAGUUAGUAUAAUGAGCUACUUAAGAGAAGCAUCGAGGGCCUCAGAGCGACCACUAGAAGCCAGAGCUCAGAGCGACCAGCGCGUGCUGCUUAGUCAUUCAUGUGUUUGGUUUUAUGUAACUUAAUAGCACUGUGGUUGUUUGUAAGAUAAGCUUGUUAAUAGCUUGGUUGUGGAUAGCAAUAUGAUAAUAAAAUGACAAAUAUAUACACAGGCAGCCUUUCCAAAUCAAACUGAAAUCUACUUAGAACCCUGACUGGUCAGUGUAAAUUUCAGAACAGAACAGGCUCCCUCUGUUGAUAUGGAACAGUUUAUAAACUAUUCAGAAUGUGCCGGCUGAAUUUUGCUUGGCUCAUUUGUUUUUUGUACUUUUCAUAAGCACAGAGAUAAACUAUUAGAAAAGUAAUACAGGCCAUAGCAGGAUUAAAAACCAAGAGAGUAUUUUCUCAGAAAACUUUACGUUAUUUUAAAAUGCAAACCCCAAGUCUGCACUUUUAUGUUUGCUUGAAAUUCAAGAUACACAGAAAUAAAGACUAAAGAUUUAAAUAUAGUUAAAUUGUAAAUUAUCAGUGUACUAUGAUCAAAGUGAAAAGAUAAAGGACCCUGCAAUCUAAAGAGACAGAGUAACAGUGAAUCACUAGGGAGUUUGUUCUUAAUGUAUUGUUACCUUAUGCGUCCUUCCACAGGGAAUCAGUUGAGAGUGCUAAGUGCUAACAGAUAAAGGACUACUUAGCAUUUGAUGUGACCUUGACAAGAAAAGAGCAUGUUACGAAUUUGUAUCAAUGGCAGAUACAUUGAUGAGCUACAAUUCAUAAAUUACUGAUGUAUUCCAGAUACCUCUAACAGGUUUUUACUACUCUGGAAAUAAAAAUUAAAUUCCUGUGGUAUGUUGACAAGGACCAACGAGUGGAUUACCUACACUGUGAUCCUUAGGCACUGAGAAAGUUCUGCCCUCAGACACACCUCCCUAGGGCACAUAGCCAAAGGCCCAGCAAAUGUUUGCAUCUCAGGGCUACACAGACAAAGACCUUGAGAAUAAAGGGCACUUUGGAAGCUGCCUUGAGGAGACAGUGCUGUGGACAGUCUGGGAACGGGGAACAAAACUUGGCUCCUGACGCUUUCUCCAGGUCCUACUUUAGCUGUUUUUCUGAACAUACAAUUUUCUUCUGGACUAGAGGCCAGUUUUGAACCCUGGUUAUGUCCAAUUUGUGGGUUUAGUGAUUCUAUCCCUAUACAUUAUUGUGUUUGUCAUAAAAUGACCGAGAAAUACUACCCAUAAUUCCCAAGAAUAGGUAACAUGAGCAGAUGGGUGUACUUAUGUAGGCAGACCUGCCUGAAAAGUCAGCAAUUGUGUGGGCCCUUCCCUGCACUGGACGGUGCAGUUAAUACCUCAUUCUCACCAACAGGAAGCUCAUGGCAACAUUCAAACACUGCUGUGUCCUUAGAUUAGAUUGUACGCCCACUGGGCAGAUACUGUGUCUUAUGUUUUGUGUGGCACCUAUCACAAUGUUAGAGUUCAAUAAACGUUCAACAACAA